AUGUCUGUCCAUUUUCUCGGAUCAUUACUACUGUCUCAUUCUUUCUUAGCAAACCCACUGAAAAUUUUUGUCGAUUCCUCCAAAAAACAAGACAAGAAGAGGUCUGUUGGUAUUCACAAUUCAAGAACACAAGUUCUUGAAUGUAAUAACAAUUAUGCCAAAUUCUGCAGACCCGAUUACCCUGACCAGUUUUCCUGCGUACCCAUCUCAGAGAUUCAAACACAACCCGUCCCUGUACACAAAGAUGGAGAAGACGAAGAAGAUGAGGAUCUGUGGGUGACAAUGAAAGACGAAGCUCGAUCAAACGUUCAUCAAGAGCCCAUUUUGUCAAACUAUUAUUUCAGCGCAAUCUUGUCUCAUGAUGUUAUCGAGAGCGCUCUGGCUGAUCAUCUUUCCGUGAAGCUUAGCGAUUCAAGUCUCCCUAGUGGGACCCUAUACGAUCUUUUCAUGAGUGUGCUUACAGAUGAUUCAGAGAUUGUUACAGCCGUUAAAGAUGAUUUGAGGGCUGUAAAGGAAAGGGACCCCGCUUGUAUCAGUUAUGUGCAAUGUUUCUUGAAUUUUAAGGGUUUUCUUGGGUGUCAGGCUCACAGAAUAGCACACAAGCUAUGGUCACAAGAUAGAAAGGUGGUAGCACUUGUGAUACAAAACAGGGUGUCGGAGGUGUGUGCAUUGGAUAUACACCCCGGAGCAAAGAUUGGGCGGGGGAUAUUGCUUGAUCAUGCCACCGGAGUAGUCAUCGGGGAGACUGCUGUAAUUGGGAACAACGUUUCAAUUUUGCAUAACGUCACAUUGGGUGGAACUGGGAAGAUUAGUGGUGAUAGGCAUCCUAAAAUUGGAGAUGGGGUUUUGAUUGGGGCAGGAACUUGUGUUUUGGGUAAUGUUAGAAUUGGCGAUGGGGCAAAGAUAGGGGCAGGAUCGGUGGUGUUAAGGGAUGUUCCUGCUAGAACUACUGCUGUUGGGAAUCCUGCAAAACUCAUUGGUGGGAAACAGAAUCCAGUUAAGCUUGAUAAGAUUCCUGGUCUUACAAUGGAUCAUACUUCAGAUAUAAGUGAGUGGUCUGAUUAUGUUAUUUAA